AUGGGGAUCUCCGCCGGCGGCACCGCUGUCGCCGCCCUGCCGAUCCUCACCCUCCUGCUGCUGCCGCACCCCGCGGCGCCAUUCUCCUUCACAUACAACUUCACCUCGCCCUCGGACACACCGCCGCCCGGGAUUGCCUUCCAGGGGGACGCCUUCUACAACAAGGCGAUCCGCCUCACCCGCGACGAGCGCCUCGGCCCCAUCACCAGCAGCACCGGCCGCGCCUUCUACUCCCGCGCCGUCCCGCUCGCCGACCCCAUCUCCCGCCGCCCGGCCUCCUUCGUCACCGCCUUCGCCUUCUCCAUCGCCGCCCCCGACCCGGCCUCCGCCUCGGGCGACGGGCUCGCCUUCUUCCUCUCCCCGUUCCCCUCCGUCCUCCCCGAAUCCUCCGCGGGGGGGCUCCUCGGCCUCUUCAAUUCCUCCUCGGUCCGCGCCGGCACGCUCGUCGCCGUCGAGUUCGAUACCUACAAGAACGAGUGGGACCCCAGCGGCGACCACGUCGGCGUCGAUCUCGGGGGCAUCGUCUCCGCUGCCACCGCCGACUGGCCUACCAGCAUGAAGGACGGCCGCACGGCUCACGCGCGCGUCGAGUACGACGGCGGCGCCAAGAACCUCACCGUCGCGCUCUCCUACGGCUCCGCGCGCCCCAACGCCACGGACGACGUCCUUCUCUGGUACGCCGUCGAUCUGAGGGACCACCUGCCGGACUCCGUCGCCGUAGGCUUCUCCGCCGCCACGGGCGAGGCCGCGGAGCUGCACCAGGUGCUGUACUGGGAGUUCACCUCCACCUUUGACCCCAAGGAGGAGACGGUGGUCCUGUGGGUGGUGCUAGGACUGUGCGCUUUGCUCCUCGUACUCGUCUGCGCGGGCAUCGUCUGGUUCGUCAGGCAAUGGAGAAAGGCAGGACAAUUCGACGACGGUGACAUCGAGCCAAGCAAGGCGAGACUGGUGCCGUGGGUGUGGGAGCUGUAUGGCAAGAACGCCUUCCUUGAAGCAGCAGACUGGAGGCUGAAGGGGCAGUUCGAUGAGAAGCAGAUGGAGCGCCUGAUGAUUGUGGGUUUGUGGUGUGCUCAUCCUGACUAUGCGCAUAGGCCAAGCAUCAGGCAGGCCCUGAACGUGCUUAAAUUCGAGGCACCAUUGCCGGCGCUGCCGCCGAAGAUGCCGGUGCCGACGUACUUUCCCUUGCCUGAUUUGGUUGCUUCGAUUUCUGUUGCGGGAACCUCGAUCGCCACCGAGGAUCCAGUUGUUAGUGAUUAUGGAUCCUCAGGUAAAGCUUCAUCGGUCAGGGAUAGGCUGCUGGAGCCAUGA